CUUGUGAUAAUAAGAGCACAUCUGUAGCUUUGUGGCUAGUUUGGCAGUAGGUUGUUUUCCUGAUAGCCGCCCGGGGUUCCCAGUCGUCGCCGCCGCCGCCGCUGCUGAACUCCGCCACUGCAAAAUCGGCUAUUACAGCGGCACACCAGACGGACUAUAGGUUACAGAUGGACCAGCAGGACCAGUCCUAUAUGUUUGCCAGUCUGAAACGGCCUCACUCAGAGCAGCUGCUGCAAGGCCUCCAGCUCUUGCGGCAGGACCACGAACUAUGUGACAUUGUUCUACGUGUGGGUGAUGCCAAGAUCCAUGCCCACAAAGUAGUGCUGGCCAGCAUCAGCCCUUACUUCAAGGCCAUGUUCACGGGUAACCUGUCGGAAAAGGAGACCUCUGAGGUGGAAUUCCAGUGCAUCGAUGAGACUGCCUUGCAGGCCAUCGUUGAGUAUGCCUACACUGGCACAGUGUUUAUCUCCCAGGAAACAGUGGAAUCUCUGCUACCGGCUGCCAACUUACUCCAGGUUAAGCUAGUACUUAAGGAGUGCUGCUCUUUCUUAGAGAGCCAGCUGGAUGCUGGGAACUGUAUAGGCAUCUCCCGCUUUGCAGAGACAUAUGGCUGUCAUGACCUGUGCCUGGCUGCAACCAAGUUCAUCUGUGAGAACUUUGAGGAAGUUUGUCAGACAGAGGAGUUUUUUGAACUGACAAGGGCUGAGUUGGAUGAAAUUGUAUCCAAUGACUGCCUUAAGGUGGUCACAGAGGAGACUGUAUUUUACGCCCUGGAAUCGUGGAUCAAAUAUGAUGUAACUGAGAGACAGCAGCAUCUGGCUCAGCUACUGCACUGUGUUCGCCUUCCACUCCUCAGCGUCAAAUUUCUCACUCGCCUGUAUGAAGCCAACCACCUUAUACGAGAUGACCACGCAUGCAAGCACCUGCUCAAUGAGGCCCUUAAAUAUCAUUUUAUGCCUGAGCACCGGCUCUCCUAUCAGACUGUGUUGUCUGCACGGCCCAGGUGUGCCCCAAAGGUGCUGCUUGCAGUAGGAGGCAAGGCUGGACUGUUUGCAACAUUAGAAAGCAUGGAAAUGUAUUUCCCUCAGACAGAUUCGUGGAUAGGGCUGGCCCCUCUCAACGUACCCCGAUAUGAAUUUGGAGUGGCAGUGCUGGACCAUAAGGUGUAUGUGGUGGGAGGCAUCGCCACACACAUGAGACAGGGCAUUAGCUAUCGGAGACACGAGAGCACGGUGGAGAGCUGGGACCCCGAAAGCAACACCUGGUCCUCUGUGGAGCGUAUGGCAGAGUGCCGCAGCACACUUGGGGUGGUGGUCCUGGCUGGUGAGCUUUACGCCCUCGGAGGCUAUGACGGCCAGUAUUACCUCCAGUCGGUGGAGAAAUAUGUCCCCAAGCUGAAGGAGUGGCAGCCUGUGGCACCUAUGACAAAGUCCCGCAGCUGCUUUGCCACUGCAGUGCUGGAUGGCAUGGUGUACGCUAUUGGAGGCUAUGGUCCAGCCCAUAUGAACAGCGUGGAGCGGUACGACCCCAGCAAGGAUGCCUGGGAAAUGGUAGCCCCCAUGGCAGAUAAGAGGAUCAACUUCGGAGUAGGCGUCAUGCUUGGCUUCAUAUUCGUGGUGGGAGGACACAACGGCGUGUCGCACCUGUCCAGCAUUGAGAGGUAUGAUCCGCAUCAGAACCAGUGGACAGCCUGUCGGCCAAUGAAUGAACCACGCACUGGUGUGGGCUCUGCCAUCGUGGACAACUACCUCUAUGUGGUGGGAGGUCACUCUGGGUCAUCCUACCUGAACACUGUCCAGCGCUAUGAUCCUAUUUCAGACAGCUGGUUGGACUCAAGCGGCAUGAUGUAUUGCCGUUGCAACUUUGGUCUGACUGCCCUUUGACCCAUGGCCCGGCCAGCUAGGACCCAAUAAGAGAACUUAGACACAAAGACGUUUCUUUUUUGUUGUCUCCUCCUCCUUCCCCACAUUCAUCCUCCAGGUGCAGAGGAGCGCUGCACAGCAACGUGAACACCAGAGGAGAGAGCGAGCCUGCUGGGUGGAUGGAUGUGCCGGGCCAGCUGGCUGGCUAGAGGGGGACCACAGACAUGGCUGCAGAGAAAUAUCUGCAAAGUUGUGCGGGGAAAAAGGGGGGAAGAUGAUUGGACGGCUGUUGUCACUGGCACGAGGAGACGACGGCUCUACUGCUGCUGCACCACAAUGAGGACUCUGAGCCAUUUCCCAGAGGAUUGUGGGAGAAAACUUGUCACUUUUGUUUCCAAAUUCUCUGUUAUGUUAGCAGACAUUUUUUCCCCCCCUUCAUGCCAUUAAUCGUACACACUAAUCUUUUUUUUUAAUUUUAUUUCCCUGCUGCAACUGGAACCAUGUGUUCAAAUUUUGUAGAACACUGCAGUUUGCUGGUGUAUUUGUAUGAAUAUGUGGUUGCUGGCAAUGAAGUGUGUAUGUCUGUGUGUAUGCUUGAGGGGUACAUGCAUGUCAGAUAGGAUUGUUUGUUUGGUUUGUUACGUGUCUGCGUGCAGAACAGAUGCUCGGGCUCAGCGACGCAAGAGUUCUGCAUCAAAAUCAGUGCUUCACAAAAAAGAGAAAAGUUGGAAUCUUUAUAUUUUCUCAAAAAGGGCUGCCUUUUUCUCUCUUGUAAAUAGUAUAAAUGAAAUAUAGAUAUGAAUAUAUCCUCUAGUGCAUUGCCUGUAAAUGUUUUUCUGCACUGGGGUGUGUGUGUGUGUGUGUGUGUGUGUGUGUGUGUGUGUGUGUGGGAUGUGUGUUUGUGUAUGUGUAGUUUGAUUCCAAGGGUCAGUGUAGAGGUGAACGACAAAUUCUCCUGAGAGUGUUUGCCACUAGUCUCUGCUUCAUCCUCGGAGCCAUUUAAAAAAACAAAAACAAAAAAAACAAACAAAAAAAAAUCCAUGUUCUAGCUUCUGUUACAUCUUCCUAAGGUCAGGUCAUGCACUUGCUACUCUUCACAAUAGUUGAAAUCGACCUUGGCCCUCUUUUCACCCUUUGGUCUGUACACAAUACCAACUGGUGCUAUAUUUAGGAUUCAGGAUUCAGCUGUUUGUUUGUGUUGCCUCACACAAUUAGGUCAACCUCUGUUCAGCCUCUGCUACAUUACUGCGUUAGAUGUUAGUUAUUUGGUUUAUGUGCAUUUAAAUGCCUCCAACCAUGCAAUAAAAUAAAAGUCCUACUGAAAGGGAAGCCUGUGGUUGGACAACCACAAACUUCAGUCUGAAAAUUAGCACUAUGUUUGUUUAGUUUUUCUUUUUUUAUUUAAAAUAUAUCCUAGAUGGCAUUCCCCUUCCCUCACAUUGUCCCUGUUGCAGGAUAUGAGCAUGCUUUAUCGUCUCAAUGCCUGUUCCUAGUGCAAUGUCACUCUCUUAACUAUGAACAAGACUUUUCUGUCUGUGAUUGGGCCUGACACCCGCUCUUUGCACUCACCAACUCGCCACACAAACGUGAUCCUCAUAUGGCCAAGGUCUUGCUUGCAAGCUCAGGUGUGAGGUAAUUCGUUCACAGCUUAAUGUGAAGUGCCAAAACAUGACCUUUUUUUGUUUUGUGUUUUGCAUCUUUCCCACCUCCAGUGCUAGAAACAGCUUCCCUCAUGUGCCACAAUUGAAACAUUUUCUUCUCGUCCUUAAUUGCUGAUGCAUUAGCAUUACAUUCUUCCAUGCUGUCAUAUGGAGGUGGAUGAUAAAGCAAAAAGGGCUGUGCUAGCCAACUCGGGCUACUGCCACUGUCACCAGUCCUGUGUCCUGGGAGAGAAACCAGAGCGCUCCCCUUUGGUUGUGUCUGACUCCAGGUCAGCCUCGGGCUAGGCUAAUGGACGGGUCAAGCAAUGCACAGCAAUGGAGGGGGCACUAGACUAGGAAAGGCUAAGUGUGGUGUGUCUUGUUGAGUCGCAGUUGAUGUUCAAGUCUAGUUUAAGUUGCUUUGUGCACUGACGUUUGCACAUAAGUGGAAACUUUAACCAAGCUCUGCAUUGCACUUACCAAACUAUUUGAUACAUAUUGUAAUUUGUACAUAUGUUUUAAUUUAGGACAAUGGCAUUUAGAUAAUGCAAUAAGAUUUCUGUUCUUUCUGUGGAUGAAUGUUUUGUUUGUCUCUUUAAAAAGCCAAGGCAUCUCAUUGCUGUAACAGAACCCCACAUGGCAUGUCUUGUUGAUUCACACUGUUGGCCUGUAAUGUCGACGUCUAAUGAAACAUCAAAAUGGUACCAUUGACUUUGCCUCAUCCCACCAGACAUCUCGUGUUGUCAUUAUGUUUGUGCAUGCUGGUUAAUUUCUACAAGGCUUAUGUUUAUUUAGGCAGAUUCAGAUGGAUUGCUCACAAUUUUUGAAUAAAUGGCCAAAUUCGAUGUAUACACUUUAAAAAAAAAAAAAAAAAAAAAAACCAAGCAGUUCAGCUGUUUUUACCAUGUACAAGUCUUGUAAACACUAGACAGGACAUGUGCUCUUCCACUUUAACCUUGUACACUAAACUUGAUGUUUUAGUAAAAUGAUUACCGUCACUACAGACGAAAACUUUAAUGACAUUUGCCUUGCAAAUUGGUCAGGGUGUCACUGGUGAGACAUUUAGUUUGCAGAUUGUUUGCAUCACUAUAUAAAGUACUUUCCUUUCAAUCUCUGGUUUAUUUUGAAAAUGUAACGCAUUAGCAACCCAAGCGUAUUUCUGCAAAUAUGUUAUUGUAUUUUAGAAAGAUGUGAAUGACUUAUUUUGUAUUUAUGAUUGUAAUUAUAAUUUGUAUUGUUUAUGUUCUGUAACCUGAUUUUGUUUGCCAAUUCUGUUCUGUCUAUUGUACUAGAUUUUGUUAGUCACUCAACAGCCACGGCACAAAUCACGCAGGCGUAAUUAUGUGCUGCUGCCAUGAUUCAUCUAGCAUCAAUGUUAUGUACAAUGUCAUGACUCUGAGGUGUAUGGUAACUACUACUUUAAUGAAUUUUGGAGAGAUUCUGAUGAAAGUCUGCAAACGUGAAUCUGCAAAAAGAAGGGAUGUUCAAAUUGAGUUUGUACACAUUUUUAUUAUGGCCUAACCAAUGUCAUGUUUUUGCCACCACUCUCACCAAAGUGCUUGUUCAAAGAAAGCAGAUGGAUGACUAACACCUGGUCUGCAAUGGACUACCACUCUAAUGUUUGUGUCUGAAAGAAAAAUCCUUUGAAACUGAUGUCAAUGUUAGCCAAAUGACCACUCUGCUUCUUUUACAUUUCCCAUUGUGUGUCAGGAGUAAGGUGAUGAUCUUGAAUUUUAUAUCCUGUGGAUUAAUACUGGAAGUACAAGAUAACCUUAGGUGUAGAAACAGUAGCUUUUCACAUUUUAUCAUGUUUUGAUUGAAGACAUUUUACAUACAUUUUAGUCCGUUUGUGUGGUGCAGUUGUACCCAGUUUAAAAUAAAUGCCUGCCUUAAAAGGUA